UUGUUGAUUAUGGAUAAUGUUUCUUUUGUGAGAAUCUUCACUCUCUCAGGGAUAAAUGAGUCAAUGAAUAUCAGACUCACCAUCUUCAUGCUCACGCUAAUGUAUUACUGUGUGAUUUUAUUUUUCAAUAUUUCUCUCAUUGUGAUCAUUAUCUCAGACGAAAACCUGCAUGAACCCAUGUACAUUUUAUUGAGCAGCUUUUGCAUUAAUUCACUUUAUGGAACCACAGGUUUCUACCCCAAAUUCCUUUCAGAUCUGCUCUCAUCUUCUCAAACAAUUUCAUAUGAAGGGUGCCUUUUACAGGCUUUUAUCAUGUACUCAUUUGCCUGCUGUGAUUUGUCCAUUUUAGCUGUUAUGGCCUUUGACAGGUAUCUGGCUAUAUGUCGACCGCUGCACUACCACUCUUUCAUGACUAAGAGGAGGCUCUCUCAGCUGGUGUGUUUCUCCUGGCUGACACCUUUAUGCAUUUUCGCCAUCAAUGUCGUGCUCACAUCAAGACUCAAGUUAUGUCGAUCAAACAUUAAGAAGCUUUUUUGUGUGAACUGGGUAAUUGUUAAACUUGCUUGCACUGACACAGACACCCUUUCAAUUAGUGUUGUUUCAUAUGCAACAAUAAUCAUUUAUGUUUUUCAUGGCUUUUUCAUAAUGUGGACUUACAUGCAUCUUAUUAAAACAUGCGCAAGGUCCAAAGAAGACAGGGCAAAGUUUAUGCAGACCUGUGUGCCCCAUUUGACUUCUUUAAUCACAUUCCUGGUUGUAAUAGUUUUUGAUUUGAUGUAUAUGCGUUUUGGCUCCACAGAUUUACCUCAAAGCCUCCAGAACCUCAUCGCUAUUGAAUUUCUCCUCAUCCCUCCAGUUAUGAAUCCUCUCAUUUAUGGAUAUAAACUUACCAAAAUACGAAGCAGAAUCUUGAGUUUAAUUUACCUUAAACAAAAAUAA